UUUACUUGAAUUUCUCUCUCUUCGCAGAAGGAUCCGAAUCGAGAGAGAUGGGUCGCCGAAGCCCGGAUCGGGUCGCCGCCAUUGUUUCCUGCUUGCUCGUCUUGUUCUCGUCGGCGCAUUCCUUCUACCUCCCCGGCGUUGCGCCUCGUGAUUUUGCAAGAGGGGAUGAACUUCCUGUGAAAGUGAACAAGCUGUCAUCUACUAAGACACAACUUCCAUAUGACUAUUAUUUCUUGAAAUACUGCAAGCCAACUAAGAUUCAGAAUGUUGCUGAAAACCUUGGUGAGGUGCUUCGAGGCGACCGUAUAGAAAAUUCAAUUUAUACUUUUAACAUGAGGGAAGAAAAAUCUUGUACGGUGGCUUGCAAAAGUCAUCUUGAUGCUCAAGCUGCAAAAGAUUUCAAGGAAAAAAUAGAUGACGAGUACAGAGUCAAUAUGAUUCUGGAUAAUCUUCCAGUAGCUGUACUUAGGCAAAGGAGAGAUGGAAUUCCAUCUACAACUUAUGAGCAUGGUUAUCGUGUAGGAUUCAAGGGAAACUAUGCUGGGAGCAAAGAGGAGAAAUAUUUUAUUCAUAACCACUUAAGCUUCAGAGUUAAGUAUCAUAAAGAUCCUGAGACUGAUACUGCUCGAAUUGUUGGAUUUGAAGUAUCCCCUGGAAGCAUUAACCAUGAGUUCAAGGAGUGGGAUGAAAAGAACCCUAACGUGCCAACGUGCAACCAAAACACCAAAAAUAUGGUUCAGGGUAGUACUGUACCACAGGAAGUGGAUAAAGACAAAGACAUCGUAUUUACUUACGACGUUACUUUCAAGGAGAGUGAUAUCAAGUGGGCAUCCAGGUGGGAUACUUACCUUCUCAUGAACGAUGAUCAGAUUCACUGGUUUUCAAUCAUUAACUCCUUGAUGAUUGUCCUCUUCCUUUCUGGAAUGGUUGCCAUGAUAAUGAUGAGAACUCUGUACAAGGAUAUUGCCAACUAUAAUCAAUUGGAAACCCAAGAUGAAGCUCAAGAAGAAACUGGGUGGAAGCUGGUUCAUGGAGAUGUUUUUAGAGCACCAUCAAACUAUGGAUUGCUGUGUGUUUACGUUGGUACCGGCAUUCAGAUCUUUGCAAUGACACUCGUCACAAUGAUUUUCGCAUUGCUUGGUUUCCUAUCUCCUUCCAACCGUGGUGGGCUGAUGACAGCUAUGGUUCUCUUGUGGGUUUUUAUGGGGUUGUUCGGUGGAUACUCGUCUGCCCGUCUUUACAAAAUGUUCAAGGGCACUGAGUGGAAGAGGAACACCUUAAAAACAGCCUUCAUGUUCCCCGGUAUACUCUUUGCAGUCUUCUUUGUGUUGAAUGCACUCAUUUGGGGUGAAAAGUCAUCUGGUGCCGUACCUUUUGGAACAAUGUUUGCGCUUGUAUGUCUGUGGUUUGGAAUAUCAGUACCAUUGGUAUUUGUUGGUAGUUAUUUGGGAUUUAAAAAGCCUGCCGUUGAAGAUCCUGUGAAGACAAAUAAAAUCCCGAGGCAGGUACCCGAACAGGCCUGGUACAUGAAACCAAUAUUCUCUGUGCUCAUCGGAGGCAUUCUUCCAUUCGGUGCAGUUUUCAUCGAGUUAUUCUUCAUCUUGACUUCCAUCUGGCUGAACCAGUUCUACUACAUCUUCGGCUUCCUCUUCAUCGUUUUCGUGAUCUUGAUAGUCACAUCCGCAGAGAUCACAAUCGUCCUCUGCUAUUUCCAGCUCUGCAGCGAAGACUAUAACUGGUGGUGGAGAGCUUAUCUGACAGCUGGCUCCUCCGCUCUGUACCUCUUCCUGUACUCAGCUUUCUACUUCUUCACCAAGCUGGAAAUCACCAAGCUCGUUUCGGGUAUUCUGUAUUUCGGGUACAUGCUCAUCGCAUCAUAUGCUUUCUUUGCCCUGACCGGAACUAUCGGGUUCUAUGCUUGCUUCUGGUUUGUCCGGAAGAUAUACUCCUCCGUGAAGAUCGAUUAAGCACAACAUAGGAGCGAGAGAUUCUGACAAUUUCACGGAUGUUAAGAAGUCUUUGGGAUGGAAGACAAGUGAUAUCAUAUCAGGUACCUCCGAUUUGCAGGAUGAGCUUUAAACUGUGUAAAUGUUUACUGCUGCAAAAUCUCAAUUUUCUGCUGCCUAUGUAGGGCUUGUCUUGUAUUCUUAGUUUUUUCGUGUUUGUCGACGGCGACGUCACUUUUCUGGAGUCUUUAAGAUUUUGAAGAACUUUGAUAGUAGACAGAUCCUAGACAUGCUGGAAGAACCAAUUAUACGAAUUGUAGUUUAUAAUAUAUCAUAUGCUCUUCCUAGUUA